AUGUCCGAUCAGGAUAUUAAUUUUGUUAAAGGAUGUGCACAACAUACUGAAGAUGAAAAAGAAAAAGAUCUAAGUCUUUGUUAUACAUAUCCUACUAUAGAUGAAAAACCGGAAAUGAAUGUUCUUACUAAUACAAAUGAUAAUAAAAACAUACGACAAUUAGAUCAAGACACAUUUGUUGAGGAUGGUUUAUAUAUUUCUGAUAAUCCAUUUGUAUACAGAGAUCUUAGUUUUUCUCAGUUUGAAACUAUGAAAGUUUUAGAAUACGAAUCGAAACGUAAAUUUUCCGGUAAAUUGUUAGAAAUUGUAAUUCGUGAAGUAAACAUUAAUACCUUACAAGAUCAAUCAGAUUCAGUUGAAAUCAUGUCUGUCUAUUUUUUAUUCAAAAAAAAAGUUAUAUUUAAAACAAGUAGUCCCUUUAAUAGAAAAUUGCAUAAAUUGCUAAUCAAGAAUUCAGAGUGUUUUAAUCUUUCCAUUCAAGUGCACGCUAACAGUGGUCAGUCCAGUAUAUUACCAUUACCAUUACCAAGAUGUAAUGUUGAAAAUAAUAAAGUAGAAAUAGAGUUUGCUAUAAGUGAUAAUUCUGGUCAUAUACAUGCUGGAACAGUAGUGUGUACAAUUAGCUUGAGUAAUUAUGGUGAAACAGAGGAGAAGUUAUACCCAAUGCCUAUUUAUAAAUUAAGUAAUGAUCCAAAUGAUCCUCAAAAUUGUUUAUCUUUACUUAGACCAUCAAAGGACAUACAGAAUAAGCCAGUGAAAUAUUUUUUAUUGGAACAUCCAGCAUUAACUUUUGAUACAGGUUCAGAAGUCAUUGUUCCUAGAAAAGUUGAAGUACAAGAAACAAAACUUCCAGAUAUAGUUAUAACAGAACAACCUGCAUUUUCUUUAUUUGAUAUAUUUAGAAACUUGUUCCAAGUUAAACAUCCAUUAGAAUCAUCAUCUGGUACUCGUAGGCAUCAUACAAUAGGAAGAACUGUUUUGACUGUUUCUGUUUUGCGAGGAAUAGAAAUACCAAUUAGGGAAGAGUCUGCACUGGUCCAACCAUUUGUAGAAGUUGAAUGGGGUAAUACAAUUCACUCUACAUCUAUAGCAGAAGGUUCAGCACCUAUAUGGCAACAAACAAUGUACUUUGAAUUAUCAAGACAAAAUGAUGAACAGUGUAUUAAGUUUCGUUUGUAUGAUCAGCAUCCUAUUUGGGGUCAACAGUGGCUAGGUGAAGCCAGAAUUCCUCUUGAACAUCACAGAAAUUAUCAAGAGCUUGAAAGGUGGAUUACACUAUCUCCUUUAUUCAGUCCAGUGCUAUUAUUUGGAUACAUCCCAGCUAGCCCUGGUCAACCAUGUACUCGAAUUUAUGUUCUACUUAAAAUAGAACAUCCCAGUGCUUUUAAAUCUGUUGAAAGUUCUACUAUAAAUAUGUUAUUGAAAGGGAUACAACGGUGUCUUGGUACAUCAUAUAAAAUUAGUGGCUUAGAAAAUCCCAAGGAUGCAGCAAAAUUGGCAAUGCUCUUACCUUCACUACCAAAUCAUUAUGGACCAAUUACACCACGUCAAGCAUUAAACAUAAAGAAAGUGGAUCACUAUGGAAGAGCAGCUUUACUUGCAGUAUUAUUACAAGGCUUUGAUUUACAAACAUAUGUUUUAUUAGGGUCUUCACAAAUAAGCAAAUGGACAUCAUUUGUUUUAAGUAUCAGUGAAAAUGCAAUACACACACUAUGGGAUCCAGAAGUGGGAAGUUAUUAUAAACUGGAUGAUAGUCUUUGUCCUUUAAUGAAGGUAUCUCGUCUAAUCAACCACUCUGGUACAUGGGAAAAUUUACAAAAAUCUAUUCUACCUCAUAAUUUAAAGUAUGAUGUGAAAUUAACUAAAGAAUGGAGAUCCCUUGAUACUACUGCUUCAUCAAAAAGUGAUCAUACUCUUCAAGUAUUGGAAUUAAAUAUUACAGAUGCAGAAAUGAAACAAAUUAAGAAAACAGCCAUAGAUAUAGAGCUGUUUCUGAAAGAUAAGUUGGCUCAUUGGCGUAGUGCAAUUGGCUUAACAACAAUAUUUAAUCGACAUGCGACAACCAUUUUACGAAAUUUUCUUUUCAAAAUAGAACCUUCUUCAGAAGUACAACUAGAUAGGAGAGAUUUGAAACAAUUAUAUAGAGCUUAUCAUAUUCAUGGCUUUAUUUUAAAUAAACGCGAAUGUCAUAUUGACGAUUUGAGUGAACAUUUACGUGCAACAAAGAUUUAUGAUAUUAAUGGUCCUGUUGAAUUUGCAGUGGUGUGUUAUGUGCAGCCUUAUGUUGGUAAAAUUUCAUCAGUUUGGUUAGCUGUUGUAAUUCUUAGAAGUCGUGAUUAGUUAUUUACAUAGUAAGGGGGUAUUCCCGUUUGAACAACCAUUUUUAACGAAAUAUUUGCGAAUUUAUUUAGCAGAAUCUAUAAGCUCAACAUACGUGGCGUUCUGUAUAUACAUAUAUUCAAGUAUGUUCGAAGUUCGAAUUCGUCUAGUAGUUUCUGAAAAAUCAAUGUGGCCGUCUUAAAACACGUUUUCAAAAAAACGUAUUUAAACGGCGUGACAUUUACAUCUCUAUAG